AUGAGUCAGGAGGGCUUCCAAAUAACAAUUCCGACUUUGGACGAUGGCGACGACUCUGCCGCCCAGUUCGGAGCGCAAGCCAACUUUGGAGGAUUCGGAGGAUACGACUCUCCGACGCCAACUUUUGGCUCGUUCAGUCAAGCUGAACGUCACCAUUUCCAUACACGCGUCGACUCAAACGCGUCUGGAGAGUCGUUCAACUCUUUUAGGAUAGGAGGGACGAGCACGCCCGUUCCACCGCCGAGAGCGAAUCCAAAUGCUGCUGUGCACUCGUCCAAUUCGUCUCUCAACAACUUUUCGAUGCCCCGCAAGGCUUCGUUCGCGUCACUAAGGAACCCCUUCAAGACGAAAACAGAGACAGAACCUCCACCGGUUCCCCAACUGAACGAGUCCUUUUCACAAUCCAGGUCUACCCUCGUCGAUCGCUCCCGACAGCCAUCUAUCAGCAAUGCCUAUCACUCGAAGGCAUCUUCGAAAGCCGGCCGGCCGGGAUUUGGAAAACAGAGUUCGCAAUCAGGAGGCUCUUUCUUUCAGACGGACAAUGGUAGCAGCAACAGCAUUGGGUUUCCCCCGGUACCUCGACGCAUGGACUUGCGCCACAGGACGACCGGCUCAGUGACACAAGAACGAGUGGGCAAUACCCCAUCGGACUAUGCUCUCAGUGUAGUCUUCCACCGCUUUGUGACCUCUGCCGAAGCCUUGAUCGAGGUGUUUCUCCAGAAGCCGCUCGACGGGGAGCCAUCGCUCCAGGAAGCAUUGGGUCCAGGUGUUGACAAAUCCUUUGAUGGGUUACUCGAUUCAUUGGGGAGGAUUGCGCACCGGCAUACCAAUGCUGUGAUUGACUGUAUCACUCGAUGGAGGAAGACGCAAAACGAGCCAGUAUCGCUUGCAAUAGUCAGGAACAAUCUAUCCAUCAAUCCACCCACACGAAAUUACACCGGGAACGAAGCUUCGCGUAUUCUUGGCGAGCGCAAAUCGCUUGCCGCUAUAUACAUCACAUGCCGCGCAUUGAUCGUGGUUCUGGAGAGUAUACAUAAGCUCAAGAAUGCAUUGGAUGAUACUAUGGGUGGGCUCCUGGAGGAGACCAUCUUCGAACAAUUUCGCCAGCCAGAUGUGAGGUUGCUAUCUCAUUCACUCAACGCUCGCGCAAAUGCAGAUCUUUAUGCCACUCUACUGGGACAACUUGCCCACGUCAGGUUUGAGAGUGUCACCGACAGAUUUUUGCGAGCGCUCCGGCCCAUUCGUGACGGAAGGGCAGGCAAAGACGAGGAUGGUCGAUAUGAAACACUGCUCAAGGGACUGAAGCAUAUUCACAUCAAAGUAUGGCCUCCGGAAGCCUUUGAUGAAGCACGAGAUUUCAUCUCCGAGUUUGCUCAAUGUUUUGGAGAAGCUCAUGGUCUCAAGCUCAAGAUUGCAUUCGCCGAAAGCUUGGUUCACCUGCUACACCCCAUCUCCAAGACUGCCCAAGAUGAGCUAAAUCAUCCCGAUUGGGCCCAAGCCGUCACAACAAUCUACCGCAAGGCAAAGGAAAUGUUGCCAAAGCCUCGUUAUUGGCACGUCGCUUUCCCGCUUGUAGUCACGACGCUCUGUGUCGCACCUCACGAAUUUUUCCUACAAAACUGGAUGAACUGCGUUGAAGGUUGUUUGGCCAAGCUCAAGGAGCCGAGAGCCAGACCUUUUGCCCUCAAUGGAAUACUGCGACUCGUUUGGACCUAUCUCUACCGGUGUCGUGAAUCUGCUUCAUCGUCAAUCGACAAACUGGAGACGAUUUUGCGUACCUUGUUCCCUCCGAACAGAACGUACAUCUAUCCGAUGGAAGAAUCAUUGGAACCAUUCACUUAUUUGAUUCAUUUCAUUACCUUUCGACAUGGUGACUUUGGGCGGAGUUUCAUCCUCAAGCUCUUGCAGGAAUCCGCCGUAUCAUCAUCCAGCGGUACUGUCAAUCAGAGCGAGAUCCUUGCUCCAGACAGGAUGAUGAUUGCUAUCAAAGCUAUCCUCGUCACGCUGUCUGCCGUUGAGAAGGACUCUCCACCAAGUUGGCCGACAUCGGCAGACUUUUCUUCCUACAAUUACGGCAAUGACUACCCAUUCUCGGCCACGUUCCUCCCCGAUCUCUUCUACGCGAAGCCCGACAUGCAGGAAUUUCAUGACAGAUACGGUCCUGUGAUUAGCCGAAUCGCGAAUAUCUGUGGUGCAACUGUGGGGAGUAUGUUCGUCUUUGAAGACAGGUUCACGGAGCAUGCUGCGUAUGCGUCUGUGGAGGACCGUGAAUUCAUCACAACAAGGACGCACGGCGACUACACAGUCGGAUUCAGGAGGGAGCUAGUCCCCCAAAUCGACCUACUUCGGACUGUGUUCGAGUCGUGGCCAAGAUGCUUGCAUGAGUCGAUGCCACUCGCGGAUAUGUUGGAUUUCCUCAUCCGUGGUGUGAUCCAUGUCGAUCCCGUCAUGAGCCAAGUCGCCGCUGCAGCACUCAAACGUACAGCUCAGGACCCGCGACACAGUAGAGCUGUCAUGCUGAGAUUCACCAAAUUUUUGUUCUCUGCCGAGCACGUCGAAAAGGAAGGCGCCGGAACCCACCUCGUUGUGGAAAACUCGACCAUCCUACUUUUAUGGGAAUCAAUGGUCAAAGAGUGGUCAAAAUCGAUCACGAACAAACCGAAGACAAACGUCGAUCCUCCUCAAUCCGAACCUGCCUUGGAUCUAGGUCAAAAGAUCACAGUGCAAACCGUGGUCGAUUACAUCCAAGGAGGUGCCUUAUUCCUCCUGACCUACAAUCAACGAAGGAUCCGAAUUGUUGGUAUACACACACUCAAACUUUUGGGUCGAAUUCUACAAGCGAUGGACGCAGAGAAUGGCGGUGACCAAUAUAGAUCUGUUGCAUGGGCACUGAAUAUACUCUCUGGAAAGGAUAUUCCCCCGAAGUUCCUCGAGGACAACGACAACGCCCUUGACCUCAAAACUAGGACUCGCCUCGCAUGGUGGAGGGAGAAUACGUCGAAGGACAAGAUUCAGCGGCUGGCAGAGGGCACAGAUGACCGAGACCAGCGAAUAUGGGCCUUUGUUCUCCCUUCUUUCAUUCGGGUUGGCUUGGAGCAGCAAACACCGGCCAUCACUCUAUUCAAGGAGGCACUCAUUUCUGCCGUCUCCCGGUUUCACCAGCUAAUCGCCUCUCUUGCUGGCAUUGGCAAGCCUACACCACAAGCCAUGCGGUCUCCCGUACCCCACCGUGGGGCUGGCAGUCGUGAGUCUGCUCGAGAUCGUGCAUGGGAAGACCAUAGGAAAAUCAUUGGCCAGUGGCAGACAUGGUUGUCGAUGCUCUUCGCAACCUUUGUCUUCGAGAAGUCAACUCCAUUUGUGAGAGAACACACCAGGAUGCACUCGGAGAUUCAGUCUCAAAGAGACAGACUUUCUCAGCCCCGUGGGCUCUUCCGUCUCGCCAUUCCAUUCCUCGCCUCGGAACAUGCAAUCUUCCGUAACGCGGUCGUUACCGCGCUAAGCUGCAUUCACCAAAGUGCUUUCAAAUCACUCCUCGAAGAUCUUCAGGGUAUCACGCGGCAUAUAUACGAUGACACGAGGAAUAAGAUGCUGACGCGGAGCGCGCCUCAAGACAGGCUACACACUGCAGUCGCUCACGUCUACCAGCUGACAGCACACUUCAUCAAAUCCCCUCGUGCACUCGACGACCCAUCGGCCUUGAAUCUUCUCCUCGGCUUUGUCAGAGAAACGGCAACCUUCCUCCGUAAUCCGAACAUCAAGCUGGAAAUGGAACACCAACUUCUGCGCCGCUACUUUUGCGGGGUUAUUGAAAACGUCUUCGAUGGCCUUUCCUCGAUUGGAGAGGAGAACUCUAGACGUUGGCUCUCCCCAAACCAGCGUCUCAAUCUCUAUAGGCUGUGCGAGGAAUGGUGUCCAUUCAGCUCAUUAUCAGUAUUGAGGUUAAUGCAACCUUCCCGACCGUCUCACGAAAGGAGAGAUACGUCGGGGAUGCCUUUUGAUGGUUCGGAAACUCUUACGGCCGCUGCAUGUGGAGCGAUGGCGUCCCUCUGUCGAGGAGCAUUCUUUGCUUCCGCUCCCACCUCGUCAAAUGAACCAUUUAAUCCACUGAGUGUGGACGAAACGAUCCACCAUAUUAGGUCCAUGCUUACCGAUAGAGAUCCGACCAUUAACAACAGUGGAAGAAAAGCACUACGGUCUCUUCUUCAACAUACAACAAAGCACGAGGAACUGAUCAAUGCGACUCUGCGCUGGUCAUACGUUACAGGCAAGGAGUCAGAGGCCGGUCAGGCGAGAUUUUUUGAGGUCUUGGUCGGAUCUCUUCUGGACUCUUCUGAAAGCCACUUUACUUUCGAGCAAACCGUUUGCUUAGGGCUUUCAAACCUAUGUCACCCGGAUGUUGAAGCGCGGAGGCUGGCUUUCAACCUCUUGGAGAAGGUACACGUACAGUAUAGUGGCACAACGUCGCUUGGACCCUUCGAGUCGGCGGUUGGCAGCCUUGCUGCCAGUGUCUACCUCCCAGCCCAGCGUCGCAUCUCACAAAUUCUGGCGGCAGAACAUUCAAAGAUGAGUGGCCCUGUGCUCAACGAAUGCUCCCUCCGUAUGCCUCAAGUCUACGAUGACACAGUCUCCACCCAUAUGGCCAUUCAUCCUCAUGUCCUUCGAUUCUUGGAACCAUGGAUAUCGAGCAUCCAUCUCGUGCACCAAAAUGAUGCGGAGAUUGCAUGGGAUGGUCAAAGAGCGCUGUACAACUUGCUCUCUCUCACCAUCCGCUACGGGGAUCUAUACCCGGACCAGAUUCAAGCCAUAUGGGCAAAACUGGUGUCUCAAUCAUCCUCCCGCAACGACACACUCACGGUCAAGUUCUUGAUCGAGCAAGCAUCGAAACGAGGCAACCCGACCUUUAUCACCACUGCCUGUAGAGUCAUCGCAUGUCUGUCGCGAACAGACACCGGAAGGCUCAUGUUCAAGGAGCUUUGCAAUCUCAUCGAACCUGAGAGUAUGCUCCCUAUGCAGGAAAGAAAUCCAUCUCUCCCGAAUUUACACGAUGCCGGAUUCAUUGCAGAUUUGGAGCCAAUCCUCACUCCAGCUAGCGAAGCCCAGGAUAGGCAGGCUUUGGGAACGGGGCAACUCGCACUCCUUUUCAUGGGAGAUAUUGCCCUCGAGCGCGCGUGGGAGAUCGGGCGUCAGCUGCCCGUGCUGCUCCACACAAUCUUUGUACACCUCGACCACCAAUCUCCGUAUGUACAAGUACAGGCCAAGAAUCUGCUCUUCCAGACACUUCGGUCCCUCACCCCGGGAUUCGAAGACUCCCCGGUCACGUCGCUGUUGCCUAGUCGGCCAGAAGUCAAGGCGACGAUUGAUGCGCUGGUGCGCGACAGUAAAUCGAUAUUUUGGAAGCCGGACGACGAAGCUGAACAAGUUGAGCCCAAGAUGCAACGUUUAUGCAAGGAUGUUCUUAGUCUUCUGGUUCCAUUAUAUCCGCAACUCCGCCAAGAAUGGGGCGAACUGGCGUUGGACUGGGGAACGACCUGCCCUAUUCGCUCCAUUGCAUUCCGGUCGUUGCAACUCUUCCGAGUCCUGAUGCCACAGAUCAACAUGCUUCAGCUCGCAACGAUGAUAGGGAGAAUCACGAACACAGUAUCAGAGCCGGACAAGAACAUACAAGCGUUCACCCGCGAGAUGUUUACCACCUUUGCGGCCCUCGCCAAGUCGGAGAUAGACCCUGCAUUACUUCCCCCGUUAUUCUGGUGUGCAUGCGCCUGCUUGUCAACUUCAACUGAGUUGGAGUUCCUGAGCGUCCUCAAUCUGGUCGACGUCCUCCUCCAACGACUCGACUUGAACGAUGCUGAAACGGUGGAGAGCCUAAAGGCACAUCGUCCUCUAAGAUGGACCGGGCCCGACCCGAACCUACAAUCCAUGGUGGUCGUUGGUCUCAGGUCGUCCGUGACCUAUGAAGCCAGCUACAAUCUGUUGGCGAAGCUCGCCCGGAUCAACGACGCUUGGGUUCUCGACAGCUCUCCAGACCGAGUUAGGGAGCUGUUUACUAUCAUUUUACCGUGCUGCCUGCAGGUGAAAGAUGGCGAAGAACUACAAGUUGACACUAUCGGAUUCGCCAAUGACAUUGCACGCCUUGCGGAGCGCGUCAAUUGUACCGGUAUUGCGCGAUUGACCAAGUCGUUUGCAAAGGGCAUCAUCCGGACCAGAGAAGACCUUCUUAGACAAGGGGUUGCUUGCCUUAGGGAUGACUUUGGAACGCAGGCAGUCAGCCUUUUGCUGGGCCUGAUCUGCAACCCAGAACGGUGGCUAAAAGUCAAGUCGAUGGAGAUCUUGAAGGUUCUUUUUCAGCAACCACAAUCUCGAAUUCCUUUGGCCCGUUCGGAACUCCUCAACCCUCUGCUCCGACUGCUCAACACUGACCUGGCACCGCAAGCCCUGGAAGUGCUCGACGAACCCUUGGCGAUCGCAGGUGGCCCAUCACCAGCGCACGCGUUCAGGAUGAGCAUGGCGGGGAUGGAGGUGACCCAGGAAGAUGCGGAAUCGACAAUCGACCUUACUGCAUCCAGUUCUGGUUGGUCGGUUCCACAAAGCGAAGAGAGGGCCCAAAUGUGCAGAGCAAACACCCUCGCCGUCUAUGAGACAUGCAAGCCCAACAAUCGACCUUCUAUCAUCAACUUUGAGCCAGAAGCUCGAUCUCGCUUGGCUGCAACAAACGCAUUCUUCCCCUUGGACGAUUCGGCAUCACUCGGUGAUCUGGUCAGCACACUCAACGAGCUCAACGACUUCUUCCAGAAGGAUAGUGUCGAACCAACUCAGCUUAGUCGUUCUCGGAGCCUUGGCUCUCGAGCGGCGUACAAUCGUGCCACAGAGAUCCUCUCUCGGUCAUUUGGCCGAGUUGCAGGGACUCAAGCAGUUUCUGCAGACGAACGUGAAGCGGGUACCGUGGAGACCAGUGGAAAUACAAUGGCACCAGGAGAUCAGGAGGUUCCACAAACUCCAUUCUUUACCGACCUCUUUUCGGUGCCUGCGCCUCAGAGCACCCCUCGUCCCAACGAGCACAUGUUCAACUUGAAUCAAAACUUUCUCCGUGGUCCUGAUGAAAGCGACGAGGGCGCAGAACAGAACCACGGUUAUACCUCUUCUCAUAACGGACAUGCGGCCGAGCGUCGUGGCGGCUUUCGGAAUGUCAGCAAUGGCUCCAACUUUAAAGAGUUGGAAUCAGGUUCCGACACCGAUGAAGAUCUCUAUGCUCUCGAUCGUGUACCAGUUCGCCCGCGAACACUCCGCAAAUCCACAAAGUCGUCCUAUGGCCGAUAG